CUUUUCGUUUAUGCGUAGAUUUGCAGAAAAUGUAAUUUCCAAUAUUGCAGCAUCAAGUUUCUCUUUUAAAAAGAGCAUAAGUCUUUGUAAUAUUUGAACGGAUUUGUUAAAAUAUGAAUAAACAUUUAUAGUGGAAUUUUAUAUAGUUACAGAUUUAUUUAAAAACAUCAAAAUGACAGAUAAUGAUACAGGGAUUGAUGCAGGGCCAAGUCGAGAUGACCCUGUAGAUGCCGACAGCAUUACUGUCGAUACGAUUGAUUGUGAUGAAGAAAUCACACCCCGUUUAGUAAUAGCCAUCGAUUUUGGGACAUAUGCGUGUGGUUAUGCCUUGCAAUGGAGAUCCGACUAUGAAAAUGCAAACUGCCUCGAAAGCAUCAAGGUUCCAACAAAAUGGUCUGCAAGUGGAUUUUGCACGAGAAAGACACCUUCAUGUAUACUACUAAAACCUGACAAAAGCAUUGCCGAGUUUGGGUAUAAAGCUGAUUUUCAAUUCAGCAAAAAUGAGUCGCUUCCUGAGAGAAAGAGACCAAAAGACUGGAAGGACUGGUAUUUCUUUCGCUUUUACAAGAUGCGACUCUACACUGGAGAGGAACUUACAGUGGAUACUCCAAUGGAAGCCGCAAACGACAAACAUUUGCCAGCAGUUGAGGUACUGGCAAAAACUAUAGAGUAUCUGAAGGAUGAAGCAAUCAAUAAACUACGAGAAGAUGGUGUUGUUUAUCCAGAGGAAGAAACCAAAUGGGUUCUUACUGUUCCUGCUAUUUGGAAUGACCCAGCUAAACACGUUAUGCACGAGGCGGCAGAAAAGGCUGGAAUAAAUGGGAAAAACUUGUCAAUAGCACUUGAGCCUGAAUGUGCUGCAAUAUACUGCACUAAGCUUCCUCUUGAUAAAAUGGAUGUCGCCAUUGGCAGUAAUGAAAAGACAAAUAUUGCAGCUCCUGGUCAAACACUGAUGAUUGUAGACAUGGGAGGUGGAACUGUUGAUAUAACAACUGUAAAAAUAAAUGAAGACAAGACAAUGCAACAGGUUUAUAAAUCAUGCGGGGGUCCUUGGGGUGGUACGAAGGUCAAUGAAAAAUUUGAAAUGUUUCUGGCAGAGUUGAUAGGAAGAGAAACAGUCAGAACAUUCGUAGAAAAGCAUGCAAUUGACUACCAUGAUUUGCGAAUGGAUUUUGAAAGCAGAAAAAGAGAGAUGAAAGGAUCAGAUGAUCAAAUACCAAUCAAACUCCCAGAUUCACUCCGACAGUUAUGGGAACGUGCAGAAGAAAAAGAAAUCGAUGAGAUUCUUGAAGAAAAGAAAGAAUUUGGAGAAAUCGAAUUUAUGACAGGGCGAUUAUUCUUGGAAGCUAAAAUAAUUCAAAGGUUCUUCCAAGAAACCAUCGAUGGCUUACAUAAAUAUAUAAAUGAAGAAGUUUUUGCAGAGGGGUCCAAUAUUUCAGUAAACUCAAUUAUAUUGGUUGGUGGGUUUGCUGAAUCAAGUUAUGUAAUGCAAAAUGUGAGAGAAAGUCUCCGUUCUCGUAAUAUUCCUGUAGUGAGGCCUCAAUUACCAGAGUUAGCCGUAUUGAACGGUGCUGUUCUUUUCGGUCAGAAUGAAAAGAUUGUAACAUCACGGGUUAUGAGGCAUACUUAUGGAAUUGCAAUGACAAUGGAAUUUGUUCCAAACAAACACAAGGCGGACGAGAAAUAUGAGUUAGAUAACAUGAUAAUGGCAAACAAUGUAUUCAGAAAGCAUGUUACUAUCGGACAAACCGUUCAAAUAAGUGAAUGGAUUUCUUCAAAGGAAUAUUACCCAGAAAAUGAGAGGGACUUAAAAACUACUGUUUUCGUUUUCACAUCUGAUUCCGAAGAUCCUGUUCAUACAACAGAAGAGGGAUGCAAGUAUAUCGGCCAGGUUGAUGUUGAUUUCGGAUAUGGCAGAAAUUUUACUGCGAGGAAGGCAGUGAAAGUGGAGUUCAAAUUUGGGGGAACAGAGCUUAAAGUUAGAGCCAUUACUUCGACUGCCAACAAACCACACGUUAGAUAUUUGAAAGUACAAUGAACGUUACCCUUUCCCUGACUUGACUCAUUAGAAUGUUAUUAUUUCUUAAGUUUCAACCAAAUUGAGCAUAAAGUCCGUCUUUCUAGCUCAAUGAGUGAUAAAACUGUAAAAACAAGAGUUAACAUAUUAUUGUCGUGUGUGCAUGUUUGUGCCAUUUUUGGUUCCUUCCAUUUUUAAACCUUUUCUAUAGUUGGUUGAUUCCAGUAUUCCUAUUUGAAUACUGUAUACUGAUCCUUUGGAUUUUUAAAUUUGUCUUUUGCCGUCUUGUCUGUGAAAUGCAGGAUUCAUAACCUUUGAUCCACUUUCAAAAUUCCUUUUUAUUUGUUCCGCCCAUUUUUUUUAGUUUACGGCACCCGCAUUCUUUUACUUGGGACCAUACGCCGCUUUAGAUGGAAUGACACAACCGUGUCGCAUCAAUUGAAGGUUCCAUGUGGAUUUAUCUAAAUUCAAAAGUGUCCAAAUGUUGAAUUCUGCUUAAGCCGGUACCUUGCACUUUCAAGUACCGUUCAUGAACAGGCUCAAUCAAACAGAGCCCUCAACAUUUUUCAAUUUUGUCGUUUUGGGAAAGAAAUCUUUCUGGAUUCUGAUUUUCUCUAUUUUAACAAUACAAAAAAAGUUUGCAUACUAUUUAAACCUACCCAACUGACAUAUUAUCUUAUCCUGCAUACAGCUCAUUAACAAAAAAUGAAAACAUUUUAAAUGAUUAAUUGAAUGUUUUGAUUGUGUAUGAUUAGAUUUGCAAAAUAAAAAUGCAAAAUAUUUAACAAUGAACAACAGCAACCGAUAAACAUUUAUAAUAAAUAAUAUUUUAUUUC